GACAUCUGCAGAAACUGGCGCCUUUCCUGAAGAUGUACGGCGAGUAUGUGAAAAACUUUGACCGGGCCAUGGAGCUGGUGAACACCUGGAUGCAGCGCUCCUCUCAGUUCAAAGCCAUCAUUCACAACAUCCAGAAAGAGGAGAUGUGUGGGAAUCUUACCCUACAGCACCACAUGUUGGAGCCAGUGCAGAGGAUCCCUCGCUACGAGCUCCUGCUCAAAGACUAUCUUCAUCGCCUGCCAGAGGACGCAGACGACUUCAAAGACGCUCAGAAAUCUCUGGAGCUGAUCGCCACAGCGGCAGAACAUUCAAACGCUGCCAUCAGGAAAAUGGAGCGCAUGAGAAAGCUGUUGAAAGUGUACGAGUUGCUCGGUGGGGAAGAGGACAUUGUUAACCCGACUAAUGAGCUCAUCAAAGAGGGACACAUCCUGAAACUGUCAGCCAAAAAUGGGACAUCACAGGAUAGAUACCUCAUUCUGUUCAAUGACAGGUUGUUGUACUGUGUCCCCAAACUGAGGCUGAUAGGACAGAAGUUUGGAGUGCGAGCGCGGAUUGAUGUAGACGGGAUGGAGCUGAAGGAGACCAGCAGCAUGAAUGUACCGCGAACAUUUCUGGUUUCGGGAAAACAGCGUUCACUGGAACUGCAAGCAAGGACGGAAGAGGAGAAGAGAGAUUGGAUUCAGGCGAUCCAGACCACUAUACAGAGACAUGAACAGACGCUGGAGACCUUCCGGAUGCACAACUGCUCGUUUCGGGAGGAGGACUUCACUCCUCCAAACUCUCCGAAUUGCUCAGAGCUUGGAAAGCGAGCGCCCACGCCGAUCCGGGAGAAAGAGGUAACGCUGUGCAUGAAGUGUCAGGAGCCUUUCAACUCGAUUACUAAAAGACGGCAUCACUGCAAAGCCUGUGGACAUGUGGUGUGUGGAAAGUGUUCGGAGUUCCGUGCCCGUCUGUUGUACGAUAACAACCGAGCCAACCGUGUGUGUAUAGACUGCUACACCAUGCUAGUGGGAGUGCCACCCUCUCCGGCCAGUCUGAGCAACAGCGCACUGAGACGCCGCUCCAUUCUAGAGAAACAGGCCUCGGUGGCAGCUGAGAACAGUGUGUUGUGUAGUUUCCUGCAUCAUAUGGAGAAGGGAAGUGGACGUGGAUGGCAGAAGGCUUGGUUUGUUAUUCCUGACAAUGAACCACUGGUGCUGUACAUCUAUGGUGCUCCACAGGAUGUCAAAGCCCAGCGCAGUAUUCCUCUCAUCGGGUUCGAGGUGUCUCUACCCGAAUCAAGUGACCGUCUAGAAAGACGCAACGCCUUCAAAAUGAGCCAGAGUCAUUUGACCGUGUACUUCAGUGCCGACUGUGAGGAACUGCAGCGGCGUUGGAUGGAGGUCUUAUCAAGAGCCGGCAGGGGUGAGGAGCUGCAGUCAAACGGUCCGAUAUCCGAGGCCCUCGAGGAAGAAGGGGAGGAGCCAGUACCUACGGGAGAAAGCACAUGAUUGGCUGAAAAUAUGAUAUCAUUUUGCACACACAAGCUGUACAAAUGUGACCACAGUGACAGGAUAUAAUAGACAAACACACACACACACACACAUAUACCUUCUCUCUUACACACAUCUUUAUUAAUUGUCAGUUCUAAAUUGCAUGAAAUAUCUACAGGUAUUUUUCUCUGUGUAUUGCUCAUCUUGUGUGAGUAACCAGUGUUUGGAACAAUCUGACAAAAGUGUGCACACUUCAAAGAUGACUUAUCAGAGGACACUUGAUUACGUCCAUCAACUCUUUCAGCCGCUAGAAGUUUCUUUGUUAAAUCGACAGUUUCUGCCAAAUCUCAAGGUGUUGUGAAGUGGUUUCUCGACCGAGGUUAUGGUUUAGGAAAAGUGAGAUGGUUCUAUGGUUUGCUGGCUGUGCGUGAACGUUUGGUCUGGUUUCAUGAAAUGUUUAGGUGACUUAGAAGAGAUUCUACAGUAAAAUACCCUAGUUUACAUAACCAGAAGCUGGAGGGAAUUUUGUUGAUUUUAAAUCUGCUAUGAAGAAUGAAUCUUGCCAAUAUUAAUGGCAAUAAUCUGCUUGGUACCCUGGAUUUCUCAUUUCGAUGACGUUAAACAUUGGCUAUUGCAUUUAGUAGUGAAUUGUGACAGGACUGGCCACAUGAACCGUUGUUCAGCUAUGCAAGCCUGUGUACAUGUGUGGUAAUCAGGAACUGCUGGAACAUGGCAGGAAUAUUUAUUAAGCGGGUUUUAACCACUCACAACGACAGAAAUAUGUGCUUCCUGUUGACUUCACGGUCCUUCAGGUCAGAAAACACCAACAAAUUUACUCUGCCACCUAGUGGACGCUCAUCACAGCGUGCGCACGUUCUAGGAGUGAAUGUCAGGGAACAUGUCAAGAAACUAAGUUAGAAACUUUUGCAUAUAAAGUAAAUUAAUCUUGAUUUAAUGACCGUUAAGAUUUUUGUUGCACUGUGACAUGGUUUAAUAGUAAAAAUCUCAUUACUAUAAGUUGAAAUAAAAUUUAUAUUAUUUAAAUUUUAAAAUACAUAUUUAUAAAGUGUAGUAUUAUUUGAUGUAUUGUCUUUAAUUUAUGCCGGUAAAAAAAAAAAAAAACCUUGCAGUAAUGAGAAUCUGUUAAGAACUAUUGAGAAAAACAUAAAAACAAAACAUCUUAAUAUGUCACAAUGUAAAAAAUAAAAACUUAAUGGUGCUUUGGGGGUGAAAUGUGUUGAAGCUGGUUUCUGCCAUGGGGUAAAAAUAAGAUAAUUGUGACUUAUCUCAAAGUUCUGAAUUUUUUCUUGCAAUUCUUAGUUUAUAUCUCACAGUUCUGGCUUUAACUCAUAAUUACAAUAUGUAAAUUCAAAAUUCUGAGAAAAAAUUAGAAUUGUGAGAUAUAGACUCACAAUUGCAACAAAAGUCAGAUUUAUGGGACAAAUAAAAAAAAUAAUAAUUAUGAAAUAAAAGAUUUGCCAUUACAUUUUAAUUUCUUUAUUCUAUGGCAGAAUCAGACUCUCCUACAAUGUGACCUGGACAUGUUUUUGUGAGAUUCACACCUAGGACUGUCCCUUUUGUUCAGACUGUACGGAAAAACCAUUCAGAGGAGGAAAACGUGUAAUAGGAACGUUUCAAUUAAGGGACUGGACAGGGCUGUCCCUACAGUAUAAAAGAGAGUGAGUGUGCAUCAGUGAUUCUGAAUGCAGUAGUGUUAUUGCAUUUGAUAAGAAUGCAGAUAAUAUGCUGAUUUACGGUCAUGAGGGUGUGUUUGAAUCGGGCUAGUUUUUAUCAUUGUAAGCUCAAUGAUAUCCCUGCCUUAUUUAGAGGGGGUUUUGAUAAAUGUAGUAUAUAUAUAUAUAAAUAAAAAAAGGUAAAAGUUUUGAUGAGGAUAUCAAACGUUUUCAACCGUGUUGUAUUUGUGUAUGAAAAGUGCAAAAUAUUAAAGGACAAAUUCAUUUGUAAAUAUAACUUAUUCCUCUGAGCCCAGUUUUGUGGGUUAGGUAUUGUCGAUGAGCUUCGGUGUUUGAUCUCUGUUAUGUGCCGUUUUAAAUGGACUUCUGAGCAUUGUGGUAAAUUCCAGGUCAAGAAAAGCUUAAGAUAAGACCACAUUUUUUUUUUUUUUUUUUUUACAGAGGUUGAUAUUCAGUGUUUUAGGUAGAGCUUCAUUUUCAUUUCCUCUUUUGAAUCCAGUUAUUUGUCAAUGUGAACGCCUGAUGACUCACUAAGAACUUUUUUGUGUUUGAUAUUGCUUUAAUCUUGCUCUUUGUUGUCAAAGACAUCGCUCAAGAAAGUGAAGGUGAAUCAGUCGGUGUGUUUUCCCAGUCCACCAGCCUCCAGCCUGUCUGUGUUUUCCUUCCUCAGAGGUUUUUGGACUGUUGAUGGCGUGGCUUUGGGACAGGGCUGUGUGUGUGUUCACUUCCAUAUGUUUACGACUUGUACUGGUCAUUCCCAGAUCCUCAGUUGAGCCUGCCAGUCACUCACGCUGACACACACUUUCAUCUUCCUGCUUCUCUCAGUAUAAUUGUUCUUGAUAUCCUGCCUUACUGAUAUUUUGCAAUCUUGUGCUUAUCUACACAUUGUUUUCCACAAUUGCCUUUUGCCAGAGUAUAAUGUGUACUAGAAAUUGAAAUGUUUAUCACAUAUUUUGUUUCUUUACCUUUCUUUUUUGUUUAAUGCUAAUAUUUAUUGUUUCUUUUUUUUACUCGAGGUAGUAAACUUUGCAAUGAACCAAAAGAUGAACACUACCGAAAUACAAAGGAAAAACGCUAUUUGUUAACAUUUGGGAGAAUUUAAGUUUCUGUGUGCUCUUAAGUAUGUUUUAGUCCCACAAUAAUUGGAAGGUAAUGCAUGAAAUUAGAUUUGUAAAUUUUUAUGGUUUCUAUUUUUCAUCACUUGGGCCACAAAAUUUAUUUGUAGACUAUUUUUUAAGGGAUUUAUUUCUCUGAAAUCUCACAAAAACUACAUUUUUAAAGAAGAUGUCGAUGAGGUACACUGUAGUUAAUUUUAGUAAGGAUAUCUGAACAACUGUGCAUCUGACAUUAAGAGUCAUAUACAGAAACAGAGGUGCUAUUUUAUCGUUUGAUCAAGGGAAUAGCUUUGUGUUUAUAAAUAUAUGAUAUAAUGGGAUCAGGAAUUCAGUUUUCCUGCAUAAUUACAUGAACAGGCUAUAAAAUGAGUGUGGUAUUCUGUGUGGCAAGAAUCAUCUGGGAGAAACCAUUACAUCCCUGUGGUGCAGAACAGAGAAUUAAAUUACAUUGUAUAUAUUGCAUACCAAAAGAUUCCAUGAACCGCAUGGUUUGAGGAUGAUGAUGUAAUCUGUUCCUACACCUGGAUUUUUGACUUGAGUGUUCUGAAUCUUGUUCACUUUUAUAACCUAGUUCUAUUGCACCAAAACAUUUUGCCAUGAGGAUGAUUACUUUGUUACACACCAAACAUUGAAACCCUAUUUAUUAUAAACCAGGGUUUGGUCAAGCAGUUUUUUAUAUGGAAUCUAAAGAAAGAAAUGUGGAGGCACGGACAGCUGUUUGGCUCAUAGAUAUUAAUGAUUACCUUUCUAGAGAUGAUCAACCAUUUCUUCUCCUCUGCUCUCUGGCAUCCUCACAGAAUGAGCGCCUCCUGUCUUGUUUCUCUCUCUUUUUUUUGCUGACUCUUCAGGUGAUGUAGCCUACAUCUGCAACAAAUCAGCACAAAGGGAUUUGUAAAACAUUGCCAGACAGCCCUAUCUUCUCAAGGACGGUUCACAUGUGUUAUUGUGCUCAGAAACACUCUCUCAGACAAACAAGAAACAGCUGUAUUACUAGCUUUGAUAUGUUUGAUUCUUCAAGCCCAUUAGCCGAACCGUCACAAUAUAUGGCACAAGUAUACAUGCUAUUGUUUUUCCUCAAGAAACCUGGUUUAUUGUACACAUAAUGGGUAUUACUGUUAUUUUAAGUACUAUUAGAAUUAUUAUUGUUGAUUAAAUUAGUGGCAGGCCACUGGGUACCAUUGUAUGUUAAUAUCCCAAUGAAAUCUGUGCAAGAUCAUGAAAAUGUUUAUGAAAUAAAGUAAUAAAAGAACAAAAA